AGGAAAAUUUAGAAAAUGGGUUUACGGUGAAAAGUUUACGGUGGAAAAUGUUUUUAUUACAAGUAUUUUGUGGUUGAGCGCUGUCUGUAAAUUGUGACAAUAAUUUUUAAUCAUUUUAAAUACAUACUGUAAUGAUAUUAAUGGGAGCGAUGGAAGAAUUAUUAAUUCCAUUAUAUUUAUGUUUUUUGCGAAAGAUAUUUUAAAUUAAAUUUAGUGAAAACUGGAAGUAGAAUGGCUGAAAUCAUCAAGAUGUUUUAAAUAACAACAAUAUGGCAAGGGAUGGAGACGUCCCUACAAUCUUUAAUCCGAAAAGAGUACGAGCACCGUCCGUUAUAAUUACAAGCGAAGAAGUUGAGACUGAUCGAAGUAUUGAUGUAGAACGUGAGCGUCCGAAUGGGCCCCCGACACCGUUGAGCCCUCGAGCACCCCUUACGCCACAGACCUCCGUGUCUUCCGCACCUCCUCUUACUACCCAGCCCUCUUUACAGCAAACCUUUAGCGAGUCAGCUGCAAGCAGUCAGGAUGAAGAAAGGCAGCUACGAGAUAAACGUUGCCCACGCUGCUGUUCAAAGAUCGCUAAAAAGAUCUACUAUGGAGUUUGUGUUACGCUUACAUUGGUUGCUUCAUGGGUAACAGUGACCCAUUGUAUAAAAUAUCUAUACUUACAAGACUACUCCCCUAUACAUAGUGCAGAUUUUUCUAUGUUCAAUAAUUACACAUCAAGAUUUCGCACACAUCAUUUGUACAAUGCGCCAUUCUUCACAGCAUGGUUCUGUACCAACUGGCUUAUAUUGUUCUAUCCGAUAUAUCUUAUUGUGGUACUUAUACAUAAUAAGUGUAAAUCAGCUAACGCCAUUGCAUGCGAUGCAUUUAAUGACUUCAAAGAAAAGGGCUUCACUUUUGCCCGUUUCCUCAGUCGCUGCGGGCUGUUCUGCCUGCUGUGGGUUGUGACCAUCUACAUGUACACGUACGCUCUAAAGAUAUUGCUCUCCACGGACGUGGUGGCUCUGUUCGCAACCAAUGUCUCCUGUAUCUACUUGCUCUCUUGGGUCAUACUACAUGAGCAGUUUGUGGGUGUCCGGAUCGUGGCGGCGAUCCUGUGCGACACGGGCAUCGCACUACUCGCGUACAUGGACGGCAUCACGGGCAACUCGACGCUCGGCGGUGUUGUGCUCGCUGCGUGCGCGGCAGCCGGCUUCGCUAUAUUCAAGGUGCUAUUUCGAAAAGUGAUGGGCGAAGUGAACACGGGCCAGCGCGCGUUAUUCUUCUCCAUACUGGGCGUGGUCAAUGCCACUCUACUGUGGCCGGUGUGCCUCGCGCUCUACCUCACGGGGACCGAGCUGCUGCCCGCGCACAGGAUGCCGUGGAUGCACCUGUUGAUCGCCAGUGUUGCUAUGCUAGUGUUUCACAUGGGUUUCCAAUUCGGCAAUUUGGUGACAUACAAUAUAUUCGUCUCGCUCGCACUCAUCACGGCUGUUCCCGUUUCUGCUGCAUUGGACGUGGCGUUCUACGGCGUGUGCUUCGAGGGCAUGAAGUUAUCUGGUAUAAUUCUAAUAGCUGUGGGCUUCUUCCUCGUCAUGUUCCCGGACAACUGGCCCGAUUACAUCAUGAGGUUGCUCAGGGAACACUACAAAUUGAGAAAGGACAGACUCCACCGACAACACAAUACGGACUACAUGGCUGAUUUGGUUUACGUGUCCACAGAUGGAGCCGUCGUCGUCAACGCGGGCAUGACGGCUCCGGCCGAAACCGAGACACCGUGGACUACCGAACCGGAUACAUUCGCUCGCACCUGAGGUCUCCCUCGGGCCGCGUGCGGUGACCGCCUCGCAAGCGCUCCGUGCUCUACGCCGCGACUCUACGCUCCGUGCUCUAUGUGGCCGCGCCGCUGCACUCUGUGCUCUAUGUCGCGACUAUACCGUCUGCGGGGAGCGUGGUAGCGCCGCUGCAUUCUACGCUCUAUGUCGCGACUCUAUCGUCUGUGGAAAGUAUGGAAGCGCCGCUGCAGUCUCCGCUCUAUUUCGCCAAGCCGCUGCACUCUGCGCUCUAUGUCGCUACGAUACCGUCUGCGGGGAGUGUGGAAGUGCAGCUACACUCUGUGCUCUACGUUGCGACCAUAUCGCCUGCAGGGAGCAUGGUAGCGCCUCGACCUUCUGUCCUCGAUGACGUCACGAUACCGUCUGCGGGGAGCGUGGUAGCGCCGCUGCAAUCUGCGCUCUAUAUCGCGACUCUACAGUCUGUGGAAAGUAUGGAAGAAGUGCCUCUACCAUCUGUGCUCUAUGUCGCGAAGAUACCCGCUAUCGAAAGUGUUGAGGCGCAUCUACAUGCUACGGAAAGUGGGCUGUGGCGCUUUAAAGAAUCUGUGGUUGGUGAAAAAGUGCAGUGGCUCUAUGAAAAGCUUGUGGUUGGUGGAAAAGUGUUACGGCUUUAUGAAGAGUUUGAUGUCGGUGAUAAAGUUCCGCUACUCUAUCGACAGUCUAUGGUUCGUGAAAAAGUGCCGCGACAGUGUAACGGGUCUUUAGCAAGUGUGAAGAGUGCGGCGACGAUUUGGGGAGUCUAUGGUCUGUGCAUAGAGCGUCGUGACAAUGUGAGGACUCUAUGGUCUGUGCAAAGAGAAUCGUCGUGGCAGUAUGGAGCCGUUAGAUUCUAACAUUGAGAGAGCAUCGUUGUUAACAUUACCAAAACCGUUAAUUAGCAGGCGCUCUCUAUUCCUGGACGUUUCUCUUUUUUCACAGACUCUACUUGAUCUGUGCUUAAAAUUAUUCCAACGGCUCUACAUUUCUCGACAAUACCUGAUCAGUACUCUGUGUUGUUUUUCCUUUGACUCUACUUGAGUACAUGCUUUGUCGACUGGCUUUAAUACUCUAUGCAAGUGACAUAACUGGCUCUAUAUUUGUUCAGACGGCUCUACAUAGAGUACUGAUUUUGUUCAAUUGUCAUUAUUGAAUCCAAUCUUGUCUUAUUUAUGGUAAUCGUUACUCUUUAUAUUUCAACAAAUAACUUGAACAUUGAAUGCUUAAAGAUCGUCUAGUUUCAAAAGGAUUUAGUUGCGAUGAUUCCAUGCGUUGAUAAAAUAAGAAUCGUAACGAAUGCCGAUUGACUCAUUGAAAAUAUAAAGCAAUUAAUGUUUCAGUUAUUUGUUCGAAAUUGUAAUUAUGUGAUAUUCUUAAAGCCGGCUCUACACUCUCGUUGAGAUUAGUGCAUUUGGUUGUUUCAUACAUAGAGUACACUGUAGGUAGUUAUAAUGUACUCUAUGUUAAAAAUUGAACUACUCGCAAGGUUGAACAUAGUUCUUACUAGUUUCGGUUUUAAAGUUCAUAAUUAAUGAUUAUUGCUUUUCCUUUUGUAUUGUAUGUUGUCUAUGACUCUUAAUCAAUGCGUUUACGUUUUUUAAGAGUGUCAAUUAUAUACUGCAAGUGAUCUGUGAAUGUGGUGCCAUAAUGCAAUAGGUUUUACAACAAUUUAAGAUAUGAUCAAUAGUUUAAUUUUCUCACCCGAACACAAAUAAUAGGAAUACUGAGUGCGUGAGCUUUUGUUUACAUUAAAAACUAUUUAAUAUUAUAUUGCUCUACUUUUUCUUCAAAAAGAUAAAAACGAGCACUGCCACGUUUUUACUACUAAUAUUACGAUGCACAUAUCACUUACGCUCAGGAUUACAUUAAGCAGGAAUCAAAACUCGACGAGAGUGUACAGUCGGCUUAAUACCUCAAAGAUGAGUGGUGUAUUCUCUUUAUUAUUAAAGAAAUGUUAUUUUACUUUCCAUUUGAUUUUACUACUAGUCGAUAUACUAAUUGCUCAUUGAAAGG